AUGAGUGAAUUUGAUUUAGAAGAACCUUUAACGUCGACGGCUCGUCCUUGUAAAAACGUCAAAAACCAUGUGUUUCCACACGUGGAUCUGGUCAAUACCACGCCAAGACAGCUCUUUGACAUGAUCAUUAACACGAUCAACACCACCGGUGCACUGAGGGCGUACAGAAAUGUCAAUUACGACACCCUCAAGAUAUACACGCAUGCCCACGGAAGCAAAACCAUGAAUCUCGUGAUCAAUAUGGAACAUGACGAGGACUGGGUGCUGGACCUCAAAGACGACACCAAAAAGCUAACGAACUACGACAUCGCUAACGAAACAGAACUCAGCAUAUUCAACUGGUCCGAUUACGAGAAAUUCAAAGCGGAUCCGCAGGAAAAAUGGUAG